ACAAUAACGGAAAAUAUGAACGCGUCUGUGGACCCGUGCGAAAAUUUCUACGAGUACGCAUGUGGAAAUUGGGAGAAACACAAUCCCCGACCGGAUGAUGAAGUAGUAUGGACUCCAAUGCAUAAGGCGGCUAAAGUUGUCGAGAAACGUCUUCAGGAUAUAUUGCGACAAGAUUCAAAGCCUAACGACCUCCUUGGAUUGAGACUUUCCAGGCGAGCGUACAACGCUUGUAUGAACACAGACGAAUUAGAGAGAAGAGGACUCCAGCCGUUAGUUUCUGCACUGUGGCGAAUAGGUGGCUGGCCACUAUUAAUGGAGGAAGACGAAUGGGACGAAGAUACGUAUCAAUGGCAACACGUUGACGACUAUUAUGCUCGUUUAAUUGGCCUGAACAGUUUACACGAUUUGAAAGUCGAUACUCCUUGGGAUUCGGACACCAUUGACACAUACUUAAUGAUUGACACACCGCACUUACCGCGAAAAGCGUACAGUCUUGUCAGCAGCUACAAAAUCAGCAUGGACAGCAGCGACGAGAACAACGACAGUAAAGGGGGCAGCCAGGAACGUGGCAGCGAGGAAAGACACAACGAAGAAGAUGAAAACGAAGAGGAGGAGGAGGAGGAGGAUGAUUCGCAGAAGAAGAAAUUAGCUAAAAAAAGGAAUAAUCGUCAGGGUAACAGGAAUAAAAUGUCGGCGAAACACGUCGUAAGGAAGACGAAUAAAAGUACAAAGAAGACAGUAAUGGAUUCGAAAGUUCACUACAGGAAGUAUCCUGAACAGUGGCGAAUAAAUAAUCGUAAUAUUUUCCGUAACAGAAAGAGUACUAAACAAAUAUACGAACACAAUAAUGUCAGAAUGCGUUUGAGGAAUCAUUUGAAGAAGAUUGGAAGAAAUGAAGAAAUGAAUAGCGAUAUAUAUUUUCUUGAUAAUGUCGAUGAAAAUGGUACCGAUGAUGAUGUCGAUGAAUAUGAAACAGCUACUGAGGAUUAUAACGACAAUGAAAAUGAAGGGGAUGGUACUGACGACGAAGAGGGCAAUGGAGGAAGCGGCAGUGGCGACGGAUGGGAUGAUGAGAAUGAGAACGAAAAUGGUAGCGGUAGUGGUGAAGACUGUGAUGAAAAUAAAAACGAUAGUAAUGAAAGGAAAGAGCGAGAAGAGGAAGAUAGAAAGUACAAGGAGGAAUUAAGGAAGGAAUAUAAGGAAUACAUAUUGAACGUCAGCACGGCCCUUGCUGAGGCCAGAGGAGUUCCAAUAUCGAAGGAGAAGCUAGUGAAAGAUAUCGAAGAUUUGGUCGAGUUUCAGCUCAGUCUUACAAGGUUAGUAUUUUUGGAUGACGAAGACGAUAAUACUACGAUUAAGGCGUUUCAAGAGUCCUAUGAUGCUUUGAAGCCUACCACGAAGAAUGGCAAAAUAAAUUGGAUCAAGAAGAUACAAGUCUUGUUUACAAUGACAGGAUUGGAAAUGGAUAGCAACACCAUAAUCCUAACUCCCUCUUCUGAUUAUAUGAAAGGCAUGGUCAAGUUACUAGAUAGAACACCAAGUAAAACAAUCGUGAACUAUAUACACUGGAAUGUCGUCAGUAGAAUGAUAAAAUCAACUACAGAGGAAAUGAGGGACUUUUAUUACAAUUGGGAUCCGUACGAGAAAGAUUUUACAGACAGAUCGAUGGAAUGCAGCAAAGAGCUGAUAGCGAAGUACUGUCUAGGAUACGAAUACGUGAAACGAUACUUCUCCGAUGAUUGGCUGAGAACGGCUUCAGACAUGAUCGACGACAUCCAAAAGGAAGUCGAGUAUCAGGUGAAAGGAUCAAAAUGGAUGGACGAUGAUACCAAAGAAUUCAUAUUAGACAAACUGGUGUUCAUGGAGAAAUUGUUGGGCUAUCCGGAAAUGUAUCGAAACCUCACAGCCAUGAAAAAACAUUUCAAAGGCCUGAGCAUCAGUCGGUCCCAUUUCGAAAACAUUCAGGGCGUGAUGAGAUACGUGAAACGGGAAAAUUUGAAAGCUCUCUACGAGGGAGACUUCCGCGGAGAAUACGAUAUAGAUCCGGUGGUUGUGAAUGCCUACUUCUCGCCAGUUAGCAACGCAUUUGAGGUAACAGCGGCAGAUUUCCAGAAACCUUUCUUUGAUCCUAAUCAUCCAUGGUACAGUAACUUUGGCAUCCUCGGAUAUGUAAUGGCUCACGAAAUAAAUCAUGGAUUCGAUAAUUCGGGUCGCCUUUUCGACAGACGCGGUAAGUACAUGAAAUGGCUGUACGCCAUGGCAGACGCGUACGAGAAGAGGGCUGAUUGCUUUAUAGACCAGUUCACCAAGUACAGCAUGGAGAACAAAACAGCGUAUAUUCAGAUAGAGGAUUAUGGCGAACAGACGGCAGGUGAAAAUAUCGCGGAUUCGAUGGGCUUGCAAGCUGUAUUUAGGGCUUAUCAACGAAGGCAAAGGAAAUGCAAGGUGCCGGAUCCCUUGUUGCCUGGAUUAGAGAAAUUCACUAACAAUCAAUUAUUCUUCCUGUCUUUUGCUAACGUCUGGUGUACAGCUUUUGAUCCGAAAGAAAUUGAGCAUAGAUUGAAACGCGAUUCGCAUAGUCCAGGUUCGUUGAGAGUGAUUGGCUCUGUGUCCAAUUCCGAGGAUUUUGCCAAAUCUUACAACUGUCCGGAGGGUAGCCCCAUGAAUCCUAAAAAGAAGUGUAGCAUCUGGAAAUAA